CACGCACAGCCUGGCGUUUCCAUCCCAUCCUUUCCUGAUCUUCCUCCCACCCGCCAUGCUUUGCGGCGGCCUAGCUGUAUGACGUUCUUCCGUUGCCAUCAUGGCGGCUGUUUCUGCCCUGGUGUCUUACAGUAGUGGCUCUGAUUGCGACGCAGAGGACGAGGAGUCUGGAUCCCACCUAAAACUUCUACCCUCUAAUGCUGCAUCGCUGCGGGCCGUGGAUUCUGCGCCAGAGGUUGCCGUUAAGGAAAAUGUUGAUGUUGGAGUUUACCUUGACCCAACUGUUAAAGAAGUACAAUACAACCCUACAUAUGACACCUUGUUUGCCCCUGAGUUUGGGCCGAACAAUCCAUUCAAAACCCAGCAGAUGGCUGCUCCCAGAAACAUGCUUUCAGGAUAUGCAGAACCAGCACACAUUAAUGACUUUAUGUUCGAACAGCAAAGGAGAACAUUUGCAACAUAUGGCUAUGCACUAGAUCCAUCCUUGGAUGUACAGGAAACUGCCACAAAAUAUAUUGGCUCGGUGGAUGAUGCUGAAAAGAACCAAGGAUUAACAGUGUUUGAAUCUGGUCAGAAGAAAAAUGAAAAGAGGAGAAAGGUGAAAGGAAGUGAUGCCUCUAAUAUAGAUGGUUUCCUGGGCCCAUGGGCAAAAUAUGUUGAUGAGAAAGAUGUUGCCAAACCAUCAGAGGAAGAGCAGAAGGAACUGGAUGAGAUAACUGCAAAGAGACAGAAGAGGGGCAAACCUGAGGAGGAGAAGCCUGCAGAUGAGAAGACCAUAUUGCAUGUUAAAGAAAUGUACGACUACCAAGGCAGAUCUUAUCUUCAUAUUCCUCAAGAUGUGGAUGUUAAUCUGCGCUCCACAGAAUUGCCAGAAAAAUGUUAUCUUCCCAAGAAACAGAUUCAUGUUUGGUCUGGACAUACAAAGGGUGUCAGUGCUGUAAGGUUAUUCCCCCUCUCUGGCCAUUUACUACUGUCUUGUUCCAUGGAUUGCAAGAUUAAGGUCUGGGAAGUGUACAACGAAAGAAGAUGUUUGCGGUCGUUUGUAGGGCACAGUAAAGCUGUUCGUGACAUCUGCUUCAAUAAUGCUGGAACUCAGUUCCUAAGUGCCGCCUAUGAUCGUUAUCUGAAGUUAUGGGACUCAGAAACAGGCCAGUGCAUUUCCAGGUUUACAAACAAAAAGGUACCAUACUGUGUUAAAUUCAAUCCUGAUGAAGAUAAACAGAAUUUGUUUGUGGCAGGCAUGUCUGAUAAAAAAAUAGUACAGUGGGAUAUUCGAAGUGGUGAGAUUGUCCAAGAGUAUGACCGGCAUCUGGGAGCUGUGAACACUAUCACUUUUGUGGAUGAGAACAGGCGUUUUGUAAGCACCUCUGAUGAUAAGAGCUUGAGAGUUUGGGAGUGGGAUAUUCCGGUGGAUUUCAAGUACAUAGCAGAGCCAAGUAUGCAUUCAAUGCCUGCUGUUACCCUGUCUCCUAAUGGUAAAUGGUUGGCAUGUCAGUCAAUGGAUAACCAAAUAUUAAUAUUUGGCGCACAAAACCGAUUCAGAUUGAAUAAAAAGAAGAUUUUCAAGGGUCACAUGGUGGCGGGCUAUGCUUGUCAAGUUGACUUUUCACCAGACAUGAGUUAUGUGGUGUCCGGUGAUGCUGAUGGAAAGUUGAACAUUUGGGACUGGAAAACUACUAAACUGUACAGUAGGCUGAAGGCUCAUGAUAAAGUGUGUAUAGGUGCCGUGUGGCAUCCGCAUGAAACAUCCAAAGUGAUCACCUGUGGAUGGGAUGGCCUCAUCAAACUGUGGGACUAAAAGCUGAAGCUCAAGUGCCUGUUCUGGACAAAGACAAACAUUUAUAUUUAAAGGAUAAACUUUUGUGGUCAUUCUCAUGAAUGGAGCUUACACCAGGAGAAUCCCUAUAACAAUCAGACUGCCAUUCAACUGAAAGCACAUACAGUAAUGAGUUGGACUUAUCUUUAAGGAGGACCUAUUGUGUUUUUCAUAUGUUUCAUCCCAGAAUUCACUGGUAUGUAGACAGCUGCCCAUGCUAUUAAGUAUCACAAAUCAUCUAUUUAUGUUCUUAUGGGUAUUAGGGAUGUCUUUGAGUAUUGUAUAUUUAUGAUCUUUUUUGUUUUUUAUAAAUAUUCAGCACAAUUGUGUAAAAUAAACUGGGCACUGUAUAUUUUCAAUGUAUUGACUAAAACAAAUCUUUUCAAUACCUUGUGUAUUGUGUGUCCACUUGUAUUGUGUUCAGUUGGCAAAGUACCUUCAUCAACCGGAUCAUAUAUUUUGGUCUAUUCUUCAUAUGGAUGUGUGUAUAUUUAAGCUGUAACAAAGUCUCUCCAGAUGUGGGCAGUGCAGCGUCUGUGUACAGAAACUGUUUUUUUAUAAGUCAAAAUAAAAAUUUUAAAUUGCUAUUUUA